AGUCCCUUUCCCAGAACCCAGUGGGCCCCUGCUGGGAGAAGGGGAACAAAGUCGCUGUUCCAGGGCUCCCUACCUCCUCCCGUCCUCAGCAGAGAGAAACAAAGCCCAGCGGCAGGGCUGCCACUGUUUAGCAGUAAAAGUCCUCGCUCCAGCUACCGUUGGGUUAAUGGAUCUGGCAUGAUGAGGAGAAAAGAGUGAGGGUCAGGUGUCGAAACCCCCCAGUCCAAGCAUGGGGGCUGGGCUAUUCUGGGUCUAUGAAUACAUAUGCCUAUUUAUACCGCUGGGGUGGCCAGGAGCCUUCUGCUGCAGAGAAGGACGCAGAGCUGCUGCUGCUGCUGCUCCUGAGAGGAGCUGACUGCAAUGUCAGGGGAGCAGCCUGAGAUGACAAAAGGAAUCUGGUGACAGCCAAGCAGCCCGCAGGCCGCCCUGGUGGCAUUUAGAGGCUCUUGGACCCCAGCAGUAUGAGAAGGAUUGACUGAGUCCCCCCAGGAGGUGAGGCUGGAGUCCUCAGGUUGGAGGGAUGGGGAGCACCAUGGAUCCCCCAGGGGGUCCAUACCUGAACCUGGGAGCUGUCACUUCCCCCGUGGGCACUACCCGCCUGCUGCAGCUGGCAUUUGGCUGUGCCACCUUCAGCCUCGUGGCACACCGGGGUGGCUUCGAUGCUGCCUACGGGACCUUCUGCAUGUCUGCCUGGUGUUUUUGCUUUGCCCUCACGGGUUUGGUGGUAGCCUUCGAGUUCACCCGCCUCCAUGGGUGCCUCCGUCUCUCCUGGGGCAACUUCACCGCGGCCUUUGCCAUGCUCGCCACCCUAUUGUCAGCCACCGCCGCCAUCGUGUACCCGCUCUACUUCACCCGGCUCGAGUGCCCCCCAGAGCCAGAAGGCUGCACUGCCCGUGACUUCCGCCUGGCCGCCAGCGUCUUUGCCGCCUUAGUCUUUGUGACCUAUGCCACUGAAGUGGUCCUGACACGGGCACGGCCGGGCCAGGUCACCAGCUACAUGGCCACCGUGUCCGGCCUGCUGAAAAUCGUCCAGGCCUUUGUGGCCUGCAUCAUCUUUGGGGCCCUGGUCCAGGAGAGCCGCUACGGGCGCUUCGUGGCCACUCAGUGGUGUGUGGCCGUGUACAGCGUCUGCUUCAUUGGCACGGUGGUGGUGGUGGGCAUGAGUGUGACUGGCCGGGCUGGAACUCUGGGCUUCCCCUUUGACCGGGUGGUCGUCGUGUACACGUUUCUAGCAGUGAUGCUCUACCUUAGUGCAGCCGUAGUCUGGCCCGUCUUCUGCUUUGACCCCAAGUAUGGGUCUCCUUCAAGGCCCUCGGGUUGUCCCCAAGGAAGCUGUCCUUGGGAUAGUCAGCUGGUGGUGGCCAUCUUCACUUAUGUCAACUUUCUCUUCUAUGUUGCUGACCUGGCCUACUCCCAGAGGAUCCGCUUUGUGCCCACUCUGUAGGUCCAAGAGAGAGCUAAUGUUGCUCUCCCUCUACAUUCUCUGUGCUGGGGUUGGCACUUCUCUCUCUGUAUCUGUGAGCAAGAAAGAGUGGGUGGGGAGUGGAGAGCAGAGGGAGAAUGUCUGGGAUGGAGUUGCUGAGCUUUGGAGGGCAGACUGAGUCAGGGAGGGCAACAGGGAAGAUUUAGAAUCUUGAUAUUGGGAAAGUCCAGAUCAAAGAAUAGACAGUUGAGACUAGCCCUUGUGAGGAGGUUUAAUAAUCCAGGGGGAGAGUGUGACUCUAAAUGGGGUGGAAAGAGUACUAUAUUGUCUCUCCACCCCCAUCCCCAAUUUAAAUAGCUGGAACAGGACAAUUUACCUAAAACUUAUUUGCCUCAAAUUUCUUUGCCUUAUCACUAAACUCCCAAUUUCCUAGCCCUUAUUGCUCUUCUGCCUUGGAAACAAUACUUAGCAUCAUUUCUAAGACAGAAGGUAAGGGUUUAAAAAAAAAAGAAAGAGUUGUAGAUUAAGCUGAAUGUCAAAUAAAGCUUUUUGUAAGAAAAAAAUUUUUUUUUUGCCUUAUGGUCUGAGCUCAGUAGAUCAGUGUGUAUAUGGAAUGUAAACUCCAUGAGGGUAGGGACUGUUUCACUAUUUGUCAUAUGCUCAGGAAUGAGCACAAUGCAUAUAAUGAACCCUAAAUGUCUGUUGAAUUUCAUUGGUUUUCAUUAUUUUGAUAUCACACCAUCAAUGUUGUUGUUUUAAAAUAUAUUUCUGGACAAUUGCUUUUAGGCAAGUGAUUGGCCUGGACCUCUCUUCUCAGAAACUAGUUAGUCUAAUUCCCUCAUUAUACAGGUACAGAAAUGUAGAACUAGAGAAUCUGAAUGAUUUGUUCAAGGUCACACUACUCAUUAGUGGCAAAGCUUCUAAUUAAAAUCUGGUCCAGUGUUCCUUCCGCUUUAGCAUGAUUAUUUCUUGGCUAUUCAUUGGGCUAGCAUAAAGUAGAGAUGAAUCUGGAGAGCAGCCAGAAGGAGGUUGGGGAUGGAGAUGUGCACCAUUUUUUACAGAAUGAGAACCCAGCUUACGAUACUUUGGACCCUGGUCUACUACUGCCAGGCAAGAACAUUUUGGGGGCACAGAAUGCUGUGGACAUGAUGCCAAUGCAAGAAACUAAAAUUCUCUGGGGCCUUUCCAUGUCACAAAGGCCAGCAUGCCUUCAUUAAUUUGGGGUCAAAAAUUGGAGUAUCUUGAAUAGUUUUCUCUUAACUGAGGUUAAGUUCCUGGACUUCUGGGUUCCUGUCAAGACCUGAAGUUUACAUUCAUUUAGACAAAUACUUCCUUUCCAAGAGGCCAGGAUGACAUCAUACCAUUGAACAGAGCUGACCACAUAAUCCUCUAACUCUUUCUAUCCCAUCUUCAUCCCUAUCAUUCUUCAGUCUAUAGCUCUAGAGACCUUGGGCCAAGCUGCUGCUAACUCCCUCUUAGUCUUUCAGGAAGCAACUAAGAAUGGAAAUAAAGUUGAGGAAGUCAAUUUGUAUACUGGUCUGACUGCAUCAUUUCAUUGAAGCAUCCCUUCCUCUGCCGAGCAUAUUAUAGAUUCAGUCACAGAAUAUUUGAGUUUGAUGAGACUUCAGGAAUUAUUUACUCAAAUUGCUUUAUUUUAUGGACAAGGUCUAGAGAAGGCCCUGGGGAUACAAAGAAACAGGGUACCUUCCUUUGAGGAGCCCACUCUCCAAGUCAGAGUUCUUCAGGUCUCUCCUGGGUAGAGAACUGUCUGGUUUCUAUAACAAGCAGAUUCUCAUAGUUCUUAUAGCUGUUUCUCAGCUGGCAAGAAAGUAGGUGUGGAAUGUGGCCCCAGUUCAGGUAGUUUUCCCAGCAACUGCUAUGAAAUCCUGCCAACAUGGUGUCAUAUCUGUUCUACUUUCACAGUUUCAACUAUCACCCUAUGCAAAUAAGUCACAAAUUUCUAUCUCUAUCUAUUUCUAUCUCCUAGGUGCCAGUCCCAUAUAUUGAACUGCUUUAUGGUCAGUUCCAAUCUCUUUCUUCCUUCUUUACUUCCUUCUUUUAUUCCUUCCUUCCUUCAUUUCUCUCUUCUUUCCUUCCUUCUUGUCUUUCUCCCUUCUUCCUUCAUUCCUUCUUUUCUUCUUUUCUCCCUUCCUUCUUUCAUCCUUCUUUUUUCUUUUCUUCCUUUCUCCUUUACUCCCUCCCUUCAUUCUUUCCUUUUUUCCUUCUUUCACUUCUUUCUUCCCCACCUUGCCUCCCCUACCUACAAAUUACUUCACUUUCAUUCCAAAAUGUCUUAUAUAACUUGGUUUCUUAAUAGAUGUAACAGAUCUUUCCAUCACUUUCUUCCCUUACAAGAGGGAAUAGAUCAGAAUCCUUGCUAAGAAUUCUGGGUCUUGUAGUGUUUGGUGUUUUUCCUAAUCUCAGAAAAGUGGUAGGAAUAUCAAGCAAUUUCAAAUCAGGCUGUCAUAUUAUGCAACUCCAAAAUUGAACAAGCUGGGUGAGACAAUACAGAAGAGAGAAAGACAGAGCUGGGGAAAGAGUGCUCAGCAGAAACUAUGGCAGUGGUGGUAACCUUGUCUUAACUUCUGACAUCUGAGGAGAAGGAGAGAUUGUAACACUGAGGUGGUGAUUAGAAAGCUGGAGAUUGUCCCUAGCAGUAGAAGCUUGCCCUUUGUGGCUUAAAGGUUUAAUUAUGAGGAAUCCCUCUAUGGGGGAAAGUGGAAGAACUGAGCUUUGCUCUACAAAGACCAGAAAGAGACUGAUCAGUCUUUUUCCAUCUCCCCUUUCCUUCCUCGUACUUAUUCAUUAUGGGAUGGUUAUAUACUUCCCUCCACCCCCUGUAGUUCUUUACAUAAUAUUUAUUAUGACUUUGGAUUUUCCCUUUCACAUAAAGCUAUGGUCAACCCAGACAUGUAUUUCACAUGCUUAGUUUGAGCAUAAGUUGAGAGUGCAAACAGGGAAGCCUCUGACUGGUUUGAGUUUCACAAAACUCAAAGUUAAUGGCAGCAACUAGUUGGUACUUGGCCAAUGGAUAGAGUGCUGGGUCUGGAGAUAAGAUCUGAGUUCAAAUUUGGCCUCAGACACUUACUAGCUACUUGACUCUGGCAAAACAUGUAACCUUUGCCUCAGUUUCCUUAUCUGUAAAAUGCUCAGGAGAAGGAAAUAGCAAAUAGUUUCAGUAUUGUUGCCAAGAAAAUCCCAAAAGGAGUCAUAAUGAGUCUGACACAAAUGGACAACAACAAUAACAUUUGGUAUUUUUUCUUUAAUUUUCUUUUUUCCUUUUUCUUUUUAAACCCUUACUUUCUGUCUUGGAAUCUGUACUCUGUAUUGAUUCCAAGGCAGAAGGAGUAAGUAAGUAAGUAAGAGUAAGGGCUAGGCAAUGGGGGUCAAGUGACAUUCCCAGGGUCACAUACCUAGGAAGUAUCUGAGGCCAGAUUUGUAAGAUUAAAAAUUAAUAUACAAUAACUCCAAAUAUUAUAUUUUAUAAGAUUUAUUAAUAAUCACUAGAAACCCAGGCGAACGAUUAUCAGGGAAACUCCCUUGCCAUUGCAUCUUCCCUAGAAACACCCAAUGACCCCCCUAGGGUCCUGAGAUGUUUAUCCUUUUUGAUCAUCCUCUAUGAAUCUUUAUGCCUCCAGGCAGACCCCAGUCAGAUGACCACCCCACCCCACCAAAUGCCUAAGGGCUUACCACUCUAAGUCACGUCCACACCAGGACAUAGUAUCUGUUGUAAAGAGUAUAAAAUCCCCAGAACUGAUGUCCUGGGUGGGGGGGAAGGGAAAAGCCUUUCCAUUCAUGCUGUCCUCUCAAGGAACUGCUCCCCAUCUUGCUGUCCCACCUUGCUAUCCUUCUGGCCAUUCUCAACAUUACUUUCUAAAUUAAAUUUCUCUUUUUAUUUUUAAGUGAAAUUUUGGAGUCUCGCAAAAGGUAUCCUUCCCAAACACCAGGGGUACACAUCUGAACCCCAUAACAAUUUUGACUAUUUAAUAGUUCUGCAUUUUUUCUAGUUGACAAUAGCCAUAACAAGAAAAUUGCUUUUGCAAACUAUAUCUUGCUUUUAACUGUCUCUAGACCAUUGUCUUUAGGAUCAGCUUUUGACUAUAGUUUGAACUUCAAGAUUUGUCAGUUCUGAUCACUUCAUUAAGUGUACAUUCUUUUUGUACUAGCAAAGAAUUAGAAAUUGAGGGAUUGUCCACAAUUGGAGAAUGGCUGAACAAAUUGUGGUAUAUGACUAUGAAGGAACAUUAUUGAGAAAUGAUGAGAAGGAUCAUUAUGAAAAAAGCUAGAAAGACUUACUGAUGCAAAGAGAAGUGAGCAGAACCAGAACAACAUUGUAUAUAGUGAUAGCAACUUUUUUUUUCUUAAACCCUUACCUUCCGUCUUGGAGCCAAUAUUGGCUCCAAGGCAGAAGAGUGGUAAGGGCUAGGCAAUGGGGGUCAAGUGAUUUGCCCAGAGUCACACAGUUAGGGAGUGUCUGAGGUCAGAUUUGAACACAGGACCUCCUGUCUCUCGGUCUGGCUCUCAAUCCACUGAGCCACCCAGCUGCCCUCAAUAGUAAUGUUUUUUGAUGAACAAUUGUGAAUGAUCUAAUUAUUCUCAGCAAUGCAGUGAUUCAAGACAAUCCCACAGACUCAUGAUAAAAAAUGUCAUCUUCCCUCUGAGAAAGAGCUGCUGUAAUCUAAAUGCAUACUGGAACAUACUAUUUUUCACUUUCUACUUCUUUUUUUAAAAUUUGAGAUCUCUUCCACAAAAUGACUAAUAUGGGAAAAUGUUUUCUAUAACUGCACAUGUAAAAUCUCUUACCAUCUCAGGGAGGGGGAAGGGAUGGUGUAAACCUUAAAAUUUCUUAGACUUAUAAAUGUUGGAAAUUUCACCAUUGGGAAAUUUCAUACUUGAAAAAUUUCCUAUUGAGAGUGGGAACUCUAUUGGAAUGUGAACCCCAUUGGCAUGGGAGGUUCCUCCUCCUCCCUUCUUAAGAUUACUUUAGGACAGAAACCUUUUACUGAACAAUGGAAAGGACUUUGACCUAUGCUUAAGCAUAGAACAGGAAUUUCUUUGAGUCAUGAUUGAUUUUAGAAUUGAUACAAUAGAGAUACUUGGAAUGACAGAACCAGGUCUUGGAAAAUACAAUUUCCACCCCACUCAGUCCUAACAGGAUUUAGGAAGGGCUGCAGCAAAGGAUCAAGAUUUAAGUAUUUGAGAAUAUGACCUUCAACAGACAUGUGCAAAGCCACAGACCUCUGGGCGGUCCUGGGUUAAGCUAGAGCCACCAUUGGCACAGGGAAGACAUGGACAGUAAUUGGUAGAUGUGAGAACUGAGGGGAGGGAACUUGGAUGGUUUCCUUAAAGAUAGAGGGGUCUGAGGACUGAAAGGUGGUUGGUUGGAAAGGUUUUUGCUCUGAGAGGUGGUGCUUUGAGAGUUGGCUCUGAAGGAAGCUGGAGGUGGAGGCCCCUGAGACUGUUUCUCCAUUUUGGUCACGUGAGUGAUAGGGACUGAUCUCUUUUCUUUGCCUCAGCUAUCUAAGGGCUUGGGCCUUUUGGUCCAGCCUGAACAGAAGGGGUAUUUAAGCCCUAUUCCCUUCUCUCCCCUUUCUCUCUCCCUCUCUCCCUCUCUCUCUCUAUCUCUAAUUCCUUUCUUCCUCCUAUUUGUAAUUAAACUCUAUAAAAGGUUGA